GAAAUUUCCAGAACUCUGGGCAGAUAUAAAACCUCCCACCUCCUAAGCGUAAAACUCACCCAAGAGCAGAGAUUAAUAACUAGUCUUUGAAGAAGAUAAAUAUUUUCUACAAAAUGAGGGUUUCGCAGACUGUGCUCCUCCUGGCUGCAUGGGCCUGUCUGGCAGUGUCUCACACGGAGGAAAGGAUGGAACGUUCUGUGUCAGCCUCCAGGAUGGCACAACUCCGCUCCAGGCGAAUGGUUGGAGGGACUCUGGCCCCCAGUGUCCCCUGGCAGGUCAUGGUCUACCUUUCUGAUGGUGUUCUGGACGGAGGCUACGCGGGUGGAGCUCUCAUCUCUGACCGCUGGGUUUUGACGGCUGGCAGGAACCUUUUUGUCAGAAAGAGUCGAGAUCACAUUCAGGGAAAAGAGCCUAUAAUACCUAAAGUAUACCUGGGAAUCUUACAUCGGGACCAAGCAAAGGCCUCCACAGAGGUUGCCGUAGAGAAGAUUUUUCUCCAUCCAGGCUUCCAGAACCAUUCUGACUGGGACAACGACCUGGCUCUGAUCCAGCUGAAGGAGCCCGUGGUUAUGAGCGAUAAAGUGACCCCCAUCCCCCUGCCUGAGAUGGGACAAAACCUGACUGACACCUGGUCAGGGGUCAUCAGUGGCUGGGGCUGGGGGGUCUACCUUAACGCUGCUGCAUCACUUAAAUUCCUUAUACUCCCCCUGGUCGAUAAUUCUUACUGUAAAGCAGAAUAUGAAGGUGACGCUUUAACACCAGAUGUAGACGACAACAUGCUCUGCACAGGAGCUAGAGAGUUUGGAGAAAAUGUUUGUUUUGGUGAUGCGGGAGGAGCUCUGGCUGUCAAAGACACGAAAACUGGGGACAUUUACGCUGCAGGGAUCCUUUCCUAUGACAAGCCCUGCCGCAACAACAAGUAUGGAGUCUAUAUGAAGAUUUCCUCAUAUUUACCCUGGAUCCACAGUGUCAUCAGGGGAGACACAGAGAAAUCAUCGGCUCUGCGCUCUGAGGCAAUCGCCAAAAUGCACACCUGGCAGCUUUAGAGUCACAUAGAAUCACCAAGUAUACUAACUAACUCCAGUAAGUAAGUCAUUUUUAACCACAGAUUAGAAAACGUGUUACAGUUCUGGAGGCCACUGACAAGAGGACAGAGGCGUCGAAUUAGAAAAUGUGCUGUUCUCGAGAACAAAAAAUACAUUUUGUUGUUUAAUUUGGAGGUUUUUAUUAUUAUUUAAAAGUAAACUGCUGUGUCUCCUUGUGAUGUUCCACUGUUAACUCUGAAAAGAGAACACAAGGUUGAGACCACAUUUCAUCAUGUGCCGUCAUCAGCAUGAAAGCAAAAUUUGCAAUAAAAGCGAAUGACUCAAUUGAAAAUA